UCACCACCGUAGCCGUAGUAGGCCCUGGCUGGCACAGCGAGCUCCUUUUUGUGGCGCCGCUUUCCUCUCCGCCGCGCGCGGCUCAUCGUCCUUUUGGCCCCUGGCCGGUCCCGUCGUGCGGCCCGAAACGAACAAGCAAACCGAGGCAGCCUCCGUCCGUCCCCGAGCCGACGCCGAUCGCCCGCGGCGCACCAAAAUAUCUCGCGGCGCGACCUCUCACGUCUGACGUCGCCUCGACGCGGGCCGUGUCGCUCAAGCCUCCCGCCGGCGGACCCCUUUAUAAAUCGCCGCGGCGCCCCUUCGCCCCAGCGCAAAGCAAGCGCACGCGACCUCGCUCACUUGCUCCGGCAGCAAGCAAAGCAAACCACCACCGGCACUUCACUCCGGUGCUGAGCCCACGGAUCCUCGCGCGCACUGCACUGCGCCCGGCCGGAAUUCCGUUCCAUUCCAUUUCUCGGCCGGGUCGUCGGCGAGCAGAGCAAUUUGGCGGGCAGGUCCACGGCGCUAUGAGCAUGAGCUCCCCCAACUCGUGGCUCUUCUCGGACAGCUCGCGGUACAGCACCCGGGCGCGGCUGCUCUUCAUGGGGCUCUCCUUCGCCAUCGGCAUCCUCACCUUCCUGCUCUACCUCGCCAUCUGGUACCUCUGCAGCAGCACCCGCCGCCGCCGCCGCCAGCAGCGCGACCUCGGCGCGGCGGCGGGCGGCGGCGGCGACUGCGGCGGCAUGAGCGCGGACGCGAUCGCCGCUCUGCCGACGUUCAGCGUGGCGCGCGACGGGCCGGCGCUGGACUGCCCCGUGUGCCUGGGGCAGGUGGAGGCCGGGGAGGAGGUGCGGCGGCUGCCCAAGUGCGCGCACGCGUUCCACGCCGAGUGCGUCGACGCCUGGCUGCGCGCGCACUCCACCUGCCCCAUGUGCCGCGCCGCCGUCGUCGGCCCGGCCGCCGCCGCCGCCGCCACCAAGCACGACGCCGCCCCGGCGCCGGCGGAGGCGCUGCUGCCGCCCGUGUAAUACAGAGCAGCCGUGGCGUGGCCGGCGAGCUGGACCGCCGGCUGGGAACUCUUCAGGCCGAACGAACACACAUCAUGCAGGCAGCAGCUGGCCGUGGUGACAGCAAUAUACUGGAGUACUAGCUACUAGCUAGUGUGGUAACCAACUAGGAUCAUAUAGAGAGGCAGAGGCUUAAUUACCGGGGGGAUUUAUUUAUUGGUUUGGUUUGGUUCUUGCUGCGUACGUGCUUGUACAAAUGCACAGCGAUGUUUAUGACGUCAUCUCUUGCUGCUACUGUUCCGAGCCGAGCUGAGCUGAGCUGAGCUGUUUGGACUU